AAAUCACACAGUCGACACAAGGUGUAGGUACGGCAAAGGUUGCUUCCUAACCUUGAAUUUCGGGAAAAACGAAGAGAAUUUCGGAAACGCGUGAUUUACUGUGUGUUCCAAGUCGGAAAAAGGAAGAAGUAUAUGUGGAAUUUACGAAUUGAAGAAGGAUAAGUGUCUCGUAAAGUUUUUGAAAUGAUGGAGGAAUAAGUUUACUGGCAGUGAUUAUACGUUCAUGGAAGGUGACCGAUAUAAAAAAGUGAAUUUCCGACACUAAAGGAAUAUAUACAUAUUUGUGAGACAACGCUAAAGGAAGAAGGGAAAGGCCCCGAAAAUGGAAGAACAAUGGAAGAGACGGAGGCAGCGAAUGGGCUCCGACACUCAGCUGUUUGUGGCUAACCUACAUCCAAGAUAUAUCCAUGCCUACGGUGAUGCGACGUGUGAGGAGCCACGUGAGGCGAGGACCUCCGAGCAGCUCCCCAGCUGCUGCUGCUGCCUCACCCCCGCCUGCGUCGCCGAGAGCCCCAGACUCCGAUCCAUCAUGGGUUGCUUCCUCGAAAAGUUCGACAACUUCCUCAACCGAUGCUUCUACCGGUUGGGCCAGAUCAUCGCCAACCACUUCGGGUACUUCAUCAUCAUCCCGAUCUUCAUCACCGCCAUCUUGGCCACGGGUUUCCAGAACAUCGUGUACGAGGAUGACCCGGAGUACCUGUUCGCCCCCACGACGGGCGGCGCCAAGGACGAGCGGGCGAUCAUCGAGGAGAACUUCUUCCUCAACUUCAGCUCGGACUUCCACCCGUCGCGCGUGACCAGGACGGGGAGGUUCGCCCGCUUCAUCAUCAUGGCGAAGGACGAAGGCACUCUGCUGAGGACCGAGGUGUGGAACGACAUCAUGGAGCUCGACCGCCUCACCCACACCGUCGGGGUCGAGUACGACGACAAGUUCGUGCGCUACGAGGACCUCUGCGGCAUCUGGGACAGCAAGUGCUACGAGAACAACAUCCUGGACCUGAAGGACCUCAUGCCUGAAAUCGAGGCUGGCGAGUACAACCUGACGUACCCGCUCAUGCUGAACCCCAACACGUUCGAGAUGUACGUGUUCCCGCUGUUCUUCGGCGGCCUCGAGAUCUCCAACUCCAGCACCAUCGAGAGCGUCAAGGCCCUGUCCAUCUCCUACUGGCUCAGGACCAACACCCGCAAGGAAGACGAAAGCGCCGCCCUGUGGGAGCAGUCCUUGCUGAAGGCCAUGGACGGGAAGGACUUCGGCACGAUCAAGGUGGCUCGCUUCGUGUCUCGAACGCUGGAGACGGAGCUCGAGAACAACACCAACUCCGUGAUCCCGUUCUUCGGCGUGACCAUCGCCAUCAUGCUGUUCUUCAGCAUCUCCACCGUCAUGAUGGGCGACUGGGUGCGCACCAAGCCCUGGCUCGGCCUCAUGGGCGUCGUGUCGGCGGUGCUGGCCUGCGUCGCCGCCUUCGGGUUCCUCAUCUACCUGGGCGUCGAGUUCAUCGGGAUCAACAUGGCGGCGCCCUUCCUCAUGUUAGGUGAGUCCUUACCCACAACUAAAUCCACAUCUACACCCACAUCCACACCUACAGCCAUCCGCUUCGAUACCUGGUAG